AAAUGCCGCGCCGAGGGGAGCGCGGCUGCCUCGUGACGCCCCCCGCCGCGGCCGCCUGCCUCCUCUUGUCGCUCUUCACCCGGGCUUUGGCUUUAAAUAUUGCUGCUGAAGAAUUAAAGGAUCAGAGCAAGAUUCUGGUAUCUCAGACAUCUGAAAAAAAUGGAAACUCGCAUAAAGUAAGCAAGGAACUAAAAGAAAUCGUUUUUGUCAUCCAAAGCCAAAGGAAUUAUUUUCAUUCGAAGAGAGCAAAUGACCUAAAACAAAAUAUUUUAAAACAGGCUGCAGUUCUUGGGAAGGAAAUACCUACAGUUCUGCUUAUUCACCUGUUGGACAGGCAUGAAGGUGCAUGGACCAUUCUGCCACUAAUGCAUGACUUUUCUGCUUCAUACAGCAGAAACUCCUCGUGGAUUUUUUUCUGUGAAGAAGAUACAAGAAUACAUAUUGUAAGGCUGCUGGAAGUACUUAGAAGAUACGACAAAUCUAAGGAAUUUUUUUUAGGCAAAGCGUUACAUGAUGAUGAGUCUACAAUUAUUCACCAUUAUGCCUUUGCUGAAAAUCCUACCAUUUUUAAAUUUCCAGAUUUUGCUGCUGGCUGGGCACUCAGUAUGCCACUUGUAAAUAAGCUUGCAAAGAGGCUGAAAAAUGAACCUUUAAAGUCUGAUUUUACCAUAGAUUUGAAAUACGAGAUUGCACUAUUUGUCUGGGAAAAAGGCAAUGGACCACAUCUUACCCAAGUGCCUGAGUUUUGUACAGAAGAUGUUGACUCUCCCAAGACUCCUCAUUGUGCCACUACAUUUGCUAAUUUCCUCCCACUAUGUGGUGAUCCUGUGAAGAAAACAGAUAUCUUUGUUGCUGUAAAAACAUGCAGAAAAUUCCAUGGAGACAGAAUACCCAUUGUAAAACAGACCUGGGAAGGAGAGGCUGCUCUUAUUGAGUACUACAGCGAUUAUGCAGAAAGUUCUAUUCCUACUGUGGACCUGAGAGUGCCAAAUACUGAAAGAGGUCAUUGUGGGAAAACAUUUGCCAUUUUGGAAAGGUUUUUAAACCAUCACCAUUCUACAACACCUUGGUUAGUCAUUGUGGAUGAUGACACUUUAAUAAGUAUCUCUAGGCUCCGGAAACUCCUCAGCUGCUAUAACCCAAGUGAACCAGUGGUUCUUGGAGAACGUUAUGGCUACGGAUUGGGAUCAGGAGGCUAUAGUUACAUCACUGGAGGAGGAGGGAUGGUCUUUAGCAGAGAAUCAAUCCAAAGAUUAUUUGCGAGUAAAUGCCGAUGUUACAGCAAUGAUGCCCCUGACGACAUGGUCAUUGGAAUGUGUUUCAGUGGCUUAGGAAUUCCAGUAACACACAGCCCUCUCUUCCAUCAGGCUCGGCCAGUGGAUUAUCCAAAGGACUAUCUCUCCCAUCAAGUUCCGAUUUCCUUUCACAAACACUGGAACAUUGAUCCAGUGGAUGUAUACUUCAGGUGGCUGGCGCCAAAACUUGAAGAUUUGCAAGAAGGACAUAUACAUGUCAAGGAGGACUUAUAAUCUGUAACUAUGUUAAUAUUUAAAU